UGAGUUUCAACUAUUCGUCACUCUUGACACGCUCUUACGCACGAAGACGAUGCCUUCCUAGGAUUUUAUCGUGGUGAGCUAUCUUAUCGGUCAGACGGGACCUCCGACCUCUGCACAAACAUAGAAAGCAUCGGGAGACCUUUAACAUCCGAUUCUCUCCCUCGUCGUUCGGCCAUUCGUCGGUCGACCAGCAACGGAAAUACUUAUUUAGCUGCACGCAGUGGACGCCGUACGUUCUCUCUCUCUCCACUUCCAUCUUUAUCUCUAAUCAAGUCGUCGAUCCGUACCCCAGGUUUAUCGCCCGGGUGGUCAUCACCGGGUAUUUUCGCUGCGGGAGAAAGAGCCCAGCCACCGCGACAACGGUCUCCGUAGAUCUCAUCUCCGUGCGAUUUAAGAUUUCUUUAAGUAGAACUUUCAAGGAGGUGACGAGAGAAGAGAAGAAAGCCACGAAGAAGAAAACAAGAGAUCUGGAAUAGUGUAGUGAUCGAUGCAAGGCCUGUUCAUUGUGAAAGUUCCUCUUUCCUGAUUCUUCAGUAUAAAUCGGUUGUCAAGAACGCGUACUAGCGGAUUUUUGUUUUCUGAUCGGCAAAACAACAAGGCGAGUUUCUAUAAAAUCCGCGUUGAGAGAUGAGGAUUGUGCGGUAGGAGUGUUCUUUGAGAGUUCGUAAAUUCUGGAACCGAAUAAGGAUUGCCGCCCCCAUGGAAAUGAUUGCCAAAGCAAUAUUGCUUUUUGCAAUCGUGUGCGCGACAACUACCGUGCAAGGAGAGAUUGCUAAGGACUCAACGCAGUGCGGCCGAACAAAAUGCAAGGUUCCGUCGGAAAGAAAAUUCAAAUAUCAUGAAGAUAUUCACUAUGUGUACGCGUAUUCCAUGGAUGUGAGUACAAAUCUGGGCUAUCAGUUGUCGUCUCCUUAUUCGAAAAACGAUUCAGCUCUGCACAUUGAUGCCACCCUGUCCGUACAUUUCAACAGUCCAUGCGAGGGCACUCUAAGAAUUCUGAAUGCCAGCAUCAGUCAUGAUCGCAAUGCGUAUAAUCCCGAGUUUCCGGAUCGCGCUGGCUCCGAGUUUAAGGCCAGCCUCGAGCGUCAUGAGCUGAGGUUUACCUUCGAUGAUGGAUUGAUUCACGAGCUGUGUCCGGAUCGGCAUGAGCCAAUUUGGGCAUUGAAUAUCAAACGGGGCGUCUUAUCGAUGCUGCAGAACAGUAUGCGACGCUUUGACGUAGACCAUCGUGGUGACGAGGGUAGAUGUUCACGGGAGCUGCGAUACUCAUUAUCGCUUGUACGAAGCCCGGAAGACCAGUCUAAUUGUCAAGAAAGUAAAUACCUGGCCGACUGCCAAAAUGGCCCCAAGUACUUCUCUAUCGUGCAAUCGAAUCCUUACCAAAGUCCGCGAAAACAACAUCAGCAACAUGGAUUAGUAGUAUGCGAUGAGAUGCGAAUACUUCAGCCGCUUUCCAAUGGCGACAAAGCUGGCGCCAGGACGGAAUCUCAAGCUAUCCUUCAGCUGGUUCAAGAAUUAACGGAAACAAAUUUCAGUUACGGAUUCGAAGAGGAUGAAGAUAACGAUGAUGAGGAAAAAGAUGAGGAUAACUUCGUACAAGGUGCACCUCGCAUGAAAGGACGACAUUGUUGUAUGACCACGCUUGGGAGCGCCGACGAGUUGCCAAGCAAAGGUUUUUCUGAAAUAUUUACUAAUUUCAUUCAUUCGGCUCGCUUUCUGGAUUAUCCCUCGUUGUCGCAGCUAUUCAACAGAGCUAAUAGUAUUUGCAAAAAUGGAAAAAAGCACAUUGUCGCGGCACUGCCAUUUUAUAGCAACGCCGCAGUGAAAGUGAUGAAUGAUCUUAUAAUCAAGAAAUAUGUCAACGAGGCGACCAUCAAUGAUUGGAUCGUUACUUCGCUUUGUUUCCACAACCGGAUCAGGACACCAUUUAAAGCUGUUUCAAAGCUACUAGACUUUCACGAUGCUGAUUGCAUCAAUGUGGAGGAAGUAAAUGUGUUUCUAUCUCAUCUUCAACAGAAAAUCUCACAAGGUUGCGAGCCCCGUUUUCAUCCUCCUGCUACUAUAAAAGAAACGCUGGAAGCUUUGAAAGCUAUCGGCAACAUGGGACUUGAAACGAAGAGCUUGCGACAGGAACUGAAGAAAUGCAUCGACGACAUUGGAGGAUUCUUACCUAUGGAAGCUCGCAUUGCGGCCGUAGAUGCUCAUCGUAGGCUGCCGUCCUGCGAAGAGACACGGGAUGAAUUUUUCCUUGAUUAUUACCGUAACACGACAUUAGAUACGGAAAUCCGUAUUGCCUCUUAUCUACAGGUAAUGCGUUGCCCCGAUUACAAUGUUGUCAAAACUAUUAAGCACACUCUCAAAGUAGAAGAGGUCAAUCAAGUUGGUUCUUUCGUAUGGAGCCAUUUAACGAAUCUCUACAACUCCGCUUCACCUACCAGAGUCGAGAUUCAAAGUUUGCUAACGGAUCGAGAUAUCGACAACAAAUUCAACAGCGAUGUUAGAAAAUUCUCGCGUAAUUAUGAGAAUUCCUUCUUUUCCGAGGAAUAUAAUGUCGGUGUGAAUUAUCAAACGAAUCUGAUCUUCUCGCCAAAGUCAUAUAUGCCACGAUCGCUAACCUUCAAUGUGACCACCGAUUUCCUUGGUCGUUCUGUGAAUCUGCUUGAGAUCACCGCGCGAACGGAAGGCCUUGAGUAUUACGCUGAGACUCUCUUCGGUCCAGAUGGCAUCUACAGUAACGAACGAAUUUCGAAUCAUCUUCAAAAUUUCCUCAGACGUUUUCGAUCGGCAUCGGAGAAUAAUAAUUAUUGGGACGGUGUAAAACGGCUGCCGAAUAUUAUUGACAACAAUUUUGAUAAUCCGAAAAUAAGUCUCGGUUACAAGAUUUUCGGAAACGAAUUAAUGUUCACGAUGCUGGAUGGCGACAAACAAGUAAGGGCUGCACUGGCGAAUUUUAAUCCUUGGCAGAAAAUAAAAGAGUUCCUAGCUAUGCAAGAAAUUUUCUAUGAGAAGAGUGGAAUGUUCUUGGAUUCGUCUUACGUAGUACCGAUGGGGUGGUUUGCCUAUUCGUUUGGACCUCGCUGGUUCUGCCGCUUGUAUUUUAAGAUCUCAAAAAUGUUCAAUGAUGCUCGACUUUCCGAUAAGGAAUUUCAACUUACUGCCAAUAUUGCUUCCAGUAUAAGUAUCGAUAUGAUGAGUACAAUGACCGUAGAUGCUUUUUACAAAUCCGCUGGGCUCAAGCUGCGAACAAACCUUACUUUCUGGCAUAAUGCAGCUUCAUCUGAAUUUAAACAAUACCCGUUUAGUGCAUGUGAGUCUGGGUUUCCGAAUCGCAAGAUCGAAAUGUUUUCGCUAGUUUCGGACGUUGUCUUAUUAAAAGCAACGGUGUGGGCGAUGUCCAGGAGAAACCAUUGGGUGUCUUGGUAG